AUGACAAGAAGAGAUACUGCUGUCGCAGCAGCAGCGACGGCGGCGGCCCUCGUCGUAAUGGCUGCAUCGUCCAUGGCGGCUACACCAGGAGGAAGCGAGAUCGUCGGCUCGUCCGCCGUCUCAGGCAUGAUGCUCUUCAACAGCGCCCCAGGCAAAGUCAUCAUCCUCGACAAGACCGAAGGCAAUGCAGCCCGCAUCAACGGCCAUCCUGCUUGGGGAGAGGAGUGGGACACCGAGGCUCGCACCAGUCGUCUGAUGAACGUCGUCACCAACACGUUUUGUGCAGGCGGUAUGUCGCUCGGCAACGGCACCUGGGCUGUCUUUGGAGGCAAUGAGAACGUCGGGCCCGGAGGCAACUCGACCACCCCACGUUUCAGCACCACAGCGCCUUACUAUGAUGGCGAUGGAGGCGCUGCUGCUCGUUUCUACACUCCCAAUUCUCAGGGCACCUCCGAUUGGGAUGAUGGUAACCACUACAUGCAGAGGCGCAGAUGGUAUCCAACUGUCGAAGCUCUCGGUGAUGGCACGCUCUGGAUAGGAGGCGGUGAAGACUAUGGAGGUUACGUUGCAGACGAAGGACAGAACCAACCCAACUUUGAGUACUGGCCGCCAAGAGGCGCCGCCAUCAACAUGGACUUUCUUACCCAGACUUUGCCAAUGAACCUGUAUCCUUUGGCGUGGCUCAUGGCAUCCGGUCGCUUGUUUGUCCAGGCAGGGCAGGAUGCGAUCCUGUACGACUUGGAGAGCAAUUCGGUUGCCAAAGGUCUUCCGUCCACCACGGGACCCAUGAAAGUUUACCCGGCUUCAGCGGGCGUAGCUAUGUUGCCACUGACACCCGCGAACAACUAUUCGCAAGAGGUGCUCUUCUGUGGCGGCGUGCAGCGACCGCUUAACGAAUGGGGUAACGGUGCGGGUCCUCUGUACAACCCACUUCCGUUUGCGGCAAGCAAGGUGUGCGAGCGCAUCACGCCCGAGGCCGACAAUCCGACGUGGGAGCAGGACGACGAUCUGAUCAAUGGUCGAUCUAUGGGCACUUUUGUCUAUCUGCCCGACGGAAAGCUGUGGUUUGGACAAGGGGUGCGUAUGGGUACCGGGGGCUAUUCAGGUCAGCCUUACAACAAGAACAUUGGUAUUUCGUUGGGCGACCAACCGGACUUCCAGCCGAUGCUCUACGAUCCUUCAGCGGCGAAGGGCUCGCGUUUUUCGACAACUGGCCUAGCGCAGAUGCAGGUGCAAAGGAUGUACCAUUCGACCGCCAUCUUGCUCGAGGACGGCUCCGUGCUCACUUCCGGCUCCAACCCUAACGCCGACGUUUCGCUUAGUAACGCAGCCAACUACACCAACACCGAGUACCGUCUGGAGCAGUGGUACCCGUUGUGGUACAACGAGCCCAGGCCUACGCAGCCCAACGUCACUCAGAUUGCUUACGGUGGUGGUUCCUUUGACGUGCCGCUCUCUGAAUCGGACCUCUCGAACAACAUUACCAACAUCAAGACAGCCAAGAUGGUUAUUAUUCGGUCCGGAUUCGCGACACACGGUGUCAACUUUGGACAGCGCUACCUCGAGCUCAAUUCGACCUACACUGCCUUUCAGAAUGGCAGCGUUGGAGGCACGCUGCACGUGUCCAACAUGCCGCCUAACGCUAACCUUUUCCAGCCUGGGCCGGCCAUGGCAUUUUUGGUAAUCAACGGUGUGCCUUCCCACGGUCAGCACGUAAUGAUCGGCACUGGCCAGCUGGGCGACCAGAAUGUGAUGGCUUCGACGGUGCUUCCUGCCUCACAGGAUCCACCAGCACCGAGAACGGGUAGUAGUGGAUCUGGCUCGAAAGGAUCCAACGGCUCGAAUGGAUCCAACGGUACUCUGAAGGACUCGCCCAAUGGUGCCGUUACCCUGUCGACAGGUCUCUGUGCCAGUGUAUCCUUUGCUGCAGUGCUGACGGCCUUCGCCCUGUUUGCUUGA